AUGUCGGCUGCCUUCUCUCUCCUUUGCCUUCCAAAAAAGGCACUACAUCAAGUGCUUUAUAGCAUUGAUUAUGUUGAUAUAGUCUCAUUCUCUCUGGCAUCCAAUAAAACUAAAGAAGUGGUCAAAUCUCUCAACUUGAAAAUCAAUGAUAUCAAUUUGACAAUUGAUAAUAUCAUCGGAAUUGAAAUCGACGCAUUCAGGAACAACACGACGCGCUUAUUGUGGAAUUUCUAUCCGGAAAAGGAAGAUAAUAACAUCGAACCGAUUCCAGUUUACAUGCCAGUUCGUGUAAUAGGGAUGCGUGACACUAACCCUGUACAGAACCGGGUGAAAUACCAAAAUCCAGGUCUUAGCAUCCGAGAGUGGUUAGCUCAUUUCUAA